AUGCCAUCCGCUUUCGCUCUCCUAUCCUCCUCAACCGUGUCCCUGACCUCAUCCUUCAUACAAGCUUUCAUUUUACUUCAUUUUCAAGAUUUCCAUGCAAUUCCUUUCCAUGCUACAGAAUCUGAGCCUAUCUCACGUCUUAGUGCACUUUUCGCUCAGUUAAUAAGGGUUCUCUCCCAGAAAGAGAAAAUAUCAAACAACAGUUAUUCAUGUAACUUGUGGUUUAACCCCUCCCCCCCAAUCAUGGAUAUUGGUUGGUUGGUGUUAAGGUUAGGAGGGUUCCAAGCUAGGAGAAACUUAGAGGAAUUCAAGGGACAGAAGCCAUGGAGUAAGAGUGUGUACGACAACGAUGGAAGCGGUAGCGAGCUUGAAUAUAUCCAGUGGAGAGACAGCAGAAGGGAAGUCAUUCAUAAUUUCGUACAAAAAGGGUCUCUAACAAUUUACCAAACCGAGGUCAUUCCAUUACAAUAA